AUGUCCAAAUGGAUAAAAGUUGAUCCGGCGAUAUUGUUAGAGACAGGAAAUAUCAUCGCUUCCGUCCAUCAUGGAGGAGCAAAUUGUUUCUAUGAAGCUAUUGGGACGGGAAUUCCUCAAGUCGUAUUACCCAUGUGGGUCGAUCUCUAUGAUUAUGCAGUAAAGGCUGAGUACCUGGGUGUGGGGGUUUGGGGUAGUAGGAAGGCGGCUCCUUAUUGGAAAGCGGACGAAUUAAGCACUGCAUUUUUGCAAGUCGUAGGGGAUAGCGAAGAGGCAAUUUCGAUGCGCAAAAAAGCAAGGGAAUUAAGUUUACCAUACAAAGCAAAGCCAGGUCGCAUAACCGCGGCUCACGAACUGGCAAAAUUAGCACGAUCCCCAGGCUCGUCACUGUGA